AUGGCGGAUUUGGAGAGCUACACUGUUCAGCAACACGGCACUGAACAGGAUCAGCAGACGCUAAUACAGACGCUCAAGUCAGAGGUGCUGAUAACGCGCAUCCAAGUGGAACGGAGUCGGGUGGACUUAGAGCAAUGCGAAGAGGAGAAAAUCCAGGCACAGCAACAGGCCAAGGACUGGGAGUUGCGUGCAAAUGAAGCGCAAACGUACUGCCGUGAAGUCGAAGCGAACAAUCGGAACACAGUGACCACACUGGAACAGAAUAUACAGGAGUGUGAGCAGGUAUGUCGGCGGUUGGUUCGCUUAACAUAUGCUUGA